CCACGUGAACCAUGGUCAGAAUGGCCCCAAAGUUGGCUCAUUUUCCACGCAUCAGCCCUGGCCAUAGGAUGUGUGGCAGUUUCCUGAGGCAGCUGUUGGCUGAAGACAGCAGGCAUUCCACUGCCGUGGGGCACCUCCUACUUCCUGUGCUCCUGGGAUUCCGUCUUGUGCUGCUGGCUGCCAGUGGGACGGGAAUCUAUGGUGAUGAGCAGAGUGAAUUUGUGUGUCACACUCAGCAGGCAGGCUGCAAGGCCGCCUGCUAUGAUGCCUUCCACCCCUUCUCCCCACUGCGCUUCUGGGCCUUCCAGGUCAUCAUGGUGGCUGUGCCCAGCACCCUCUACAUGGGUCUCAUUCUCUAUCAUGUGAUCUGGCGGUGGGAAGAAUCUGGGAAGGUGAAGGAGGAGACCCUGAUCCACCAGGGGGAGAAGAGCAGAGACGCCUCAGGGGCUGGAAGCCCCAGGCUGCUCUGGGCCUAUGUAGCACAGCUGGGGGUGCGGCUGGUCCUUGAGGGAGCAGCCUUGGGGUUGCAGUACCAUCUGUAUGGGUUCAAGAUGCCUAGCUCCUUUGCAUGUCGUCGAGAACCUUGCCUUGGCAGUAUAACCUGUUACCUGUCCCGGCCCUUUGAGAAGACCAUCUUCCUAAAGACCAUGUUUGGGGUCAGUGGGCUCUGUCUCUUAUUUACUCUUGUGGAGCUUGUGCUCCUGGGCCUGGGGAAAUGGUGGAGGACCUGGAAGCACAAAUCUCCUUCUAACUACUCUUCAACUUCAGAGAGUACCAAAAAACGCAAGGAUCCGACUGAUAACUUCCCAGCAGUGGAAGCCAAAGAGCAGUUCCAAGAAGCAGAGUUAUGAAGCUACCUGACUCACUUCUGAAGGGAACCCUAUGAUUGGAUCUUCUUCCGAACAUCCAGUGAAUGGGGAUUUACUUCCAUGACAAAUUAGAGGCUGUUGAAGCAUCUCUAAGGGCCACAGUGGCCACGCUGCCUGAAGCAUUUCCCGGGACAACUCUCGCUUAUGCCUUCCUACCAGAACCUUCUGGUGUCAGCCACAUAAUUUUCAUGGGCUUGGUUCCAGAGUCAGCCAGCAGAAGCCUCCAUAAAACUGUGCUUCUCCCCUGUCCUGCACAAUAAUACCGCUGUUUUUGGCAUUCCUGUUGCUGAAUACGAUUUCACUGUCAUGGUGACUCUACUUACCCUUCCUCUGUUGUUCCAUGUUCUCUGCUCCCCCCAACUUCAAAGGCCUGUAACCUAUGGAUGUCGCCAGCCCCACAGCAUUUGUCAUAUUCAGAUUGGCCUUCUGCACAUAUAUAACCCAAUGUCCUUGAACAUUCAGAUUUAAUUUAUCCAAACACUCAGCCAUAUCCCUUAGGCAGAUUACUGUGAACUCAGAGGCUUAUGUCGACUUGAGGCCACUGCCAGCUCGGACUUUUGCUCAAUACUUGUUCUCCACUGGACAGAAACUAUCCUCUUGUCUCCAGACCAGCAGCAACUCACAUCCAGAGCCAAAUUUCUACUUUUUAAACUCAUAUCCCUCAUUUUACCCAGAAAAGAUGGUAGAGUUUUGCUGCUGAUUCAGGGGUAAAAGGAAGGGAGGUUUAUAUCACAGUAUGAUUUAGCAGAUAAUUUAAAACUAAAUCUCAAGCUUCUCUUUUCUUGAGCCUCUCCAUCCCAUCUGUCUGAAGGUGUUCCAGCCUCUUACCUUCCUGUAGAAACAUCUUCCCCCUCAGAUCUCCCUUGCUCUCAAAUUCUCAACGACCUGGUUUUGUUUUCUCCUUCUGAACCCAAAAUUAUCCUGGGCAAAUCAGGAAGGCUCAUUCCUAAGGAAAUACAUUUGGUCCCCCCAAAAAUCAAUAACUAGAAAAUUAAUAAUUUUUCUUUCUGCUAUGCAAGUAUUUUAUAAAGAAUCCCUCAUCUACUGUAACCAGAGUCCAGCCAAGUAACCAAGGAUGGAAAAAAACAUGUCAUUUGGAAUUCCCCUGAUAACCUUUUAAAAUAGCUUUAUUAAGAUACAGUUUCAUAUGUCAUAUAAUCCAUCCACUUAAAGUUUACAAUUCAAUGGCUUUUAGUGUAGUCACAGAGUUGUGCAUUUAUUAAUACAAUUUUAGGACUUUUUCAUCAACUUGAAAAGAAACCCUACAACUCUUAGUUUUUACCCCCAAACUUCCAUGCUCCUUCCCCCCAAAUAAGCAACCACUGAUAUACUUUCUCUCCAUAUGUAUAUUUAUUUCCUCUUGUAUACAGAUUUUCCUGUUCUGGACCUUUCCUAUAAAUGGAAUCAAUCAUAGAAUAUGUGGUCUUUGUGACUGGCUUCUUUCACUUGGCAUGCUUUUGAAGUGUAUCUGUGUUGUAGCACAUGUCAGUACUUCAUUCCUGUUUAUGGUUUAAUAUGAUUUCAUUGUAUGGCUUACCACACAUUUUGGUCCAUUUUUCAGUUGAUGGACAUCUGAACCGUUUCUACUUGUUGGCUAUUAUGAAUAAUGGUGCUAUGAACAUUCAUAUACUAGUU